GAUGGAGCGAGCCCAUCACUCGCCGCGCCGCGCCUUUCUCUGCCCGCGCCCGCGUCCAACCGGGUCGCCCUCCUCGUCUCCUCCUCCCGUCCCGUCUCGCUCCGUCGCUCGCGUCGCGUCGGCCCCCACCCCGCAUCAUUGCCGAUCACUGCACGCCGUUCUUCUCCGGACACCGGCGCGCGUCCACUCCUGCACCCCUCUCUUGCUCGCAGCCUAGAGCCGUUGUCUCCUCGCCUGCCUGCGCUCAGAGCGCGUCUGGUCACCGGCCGUGCCCUCGACUGCCCCAAUCCUCCUGGCGCGCGCCAGAACCAGAAGAUAUGAGCGCCAGGUGCGUCAAGCUCUUGCUGCUGGUCACGCUGAUCCCGCUGGCGCUCAGGGCGACCUCGCUGCUCCUCGGCGGGCCCGGCGUGCCGGCGCCGUCGCACCACCGGCAAUCCGCGAUCGGGAGGAGCAGAGGCGCCGGCGAUGCUGCAGCCACUGCCACUGCCACCGUCCGUGCGAGCGUCUCGGCUGGUUUGGUGCCCGGACGGAGGUACCGCCAGACGAGGCGCCGGCGGCGCACCGAGGGCGCCCCCGCCGCCUUGGACGGCGCGAGGCGGCUCCGGCAGGACGGCGGUGGCGGCUGGUUCGAGGACGACAAGAGGCUCGCGCCCACGGGGUCGAACCCGCUGCACAACCUGCGAUGACGCCGGCUCGCCGACCUGCUGCCACCGCCGCUUCUCAGCUCCCCAAUCGAUCUUGCAGCCUUGCAGGUCAGCGGCAAUGGCGAUGAGAUUUUGGCUCCCGGUAACGCCUACGAUCUGAAUUGAAUCCGUGAUGUCUUUGAUACCAGCGUGUGCAUACUUAUUUUUGAGGGUCCAUGUACAUACAGCUUCUGAAUUGAAUUGGUGUGAAGAAAUACUUGCGCAUGUCAUGCUUGCCUGCAAUUGCUUCAAACGAUC